AUAUGGGAUAUGGAGAAACUCCAGUCUAACCAUUUCUUUUUAAAAGUCUCGUUGAUUUUUCAGAGAGCGCCUGAGUUUCUAGUAGAUGCUGUCAAAGUAAAAAUGGUUAUGAUGGCUGCUCUUCAGUCUCUUCACGGACAGGUUGGCUUGUCAAUACCUAUUGAUGUAUUGUAUGUGCAUGGCACAGAGGUACAAAGGUCAGGGAUUGUCUCCACUCUGUCCAUACUAAGAGUACCAUGCGGAGAGGUUGUGCGAGUGUGGUCUGCUUUGACAUUGCUUGGUUCCUAUGAUGGGAAACUGUGUGCUUUUCGAGUUUGUCAAUUAUCUUCAUCUUUGGUGUCAUUAGCAGUUUUUAGUAGAGACAAUUGGUGCAGUGUGCGUGACUGUGAAGAUUUUUGCUAAUAAUUGGCACAAUGGCAUAAUUGUGUACCGGUAUGUAAGAAUGUCGCAGGCUUUAAAAGUUUUAUUUUAAUCGAGUCAUGCACAAUUUAGUUAUGAGAAAAAAUACUGUAUACAUAGCAGGUAAUUUCCAAAAUUAACGUUGAGCAGUCAGCUUUUCGGAUAUUUUGUUUUCUGCGUAUUGGCUAUAAUUAUAUCAGUAUGGUUUGCACUUGUAAAACCUCAAGAGAGAGAUAUAUAUUCAGAACUGUAUGUAGGUACAAGAUCAAUACAUACACAUCUAAAGCUUUAGCUCAAAACUACAUUUCACAUAGAUCUAAUGGUAAAGGCGGGGUCGACCAAUGAUCGCUUCAUUUUUGGGUUUGUGCUCAGGGUUUCAACCACGAACAUUUUUCCUUGAAAAUUACCUGCUAUACAGUAGAUUGGUUCCAGCAAACUUAAGUAUACCUGCGCAUGCAUGCAGCUGCCUUGGAUGAACGAACCUCAAAGCCACCUCUAAAACUUUAGCUCAAAACUACAUUUCACAUAGAUCUAAUGGUAAAGGUGGUCGACCAAUGAUCGCUUCAUUUUUGGGUUCGUGUUAGGGUUUCAACCACGAACAUUUUUCCUUGAAAAUUACCUGCUAUACGGUAGAUUGGUUCCAGCGAACUGAAGCAUACCUGCACAUGCAUGCAGCUGCCUUGGAUAAACGAACCUCAAAGCCACCUCUAAAGCUUUAGCUCAAAACUACAUUUCAGGAAUACUCAUAAAUUCCCUCGUCAUGCAGUAUAGUAUUGAGUUGUUCCUUAUAAAGACCAACUGCUGUAAGCAAGGGUUUUUUGGACUUUUUAAUAAUUAUUGUAGUGAUAAGCAUCAAUAGUCUUGCUUAGUAUCCAAGAAAGAAACAGCAGUUUUCCAACAAAUUUUAUUUGCCAAACACUUUACAGUGACAGGGCCCAGGACCCUUACAGUAGCAUGCGUGCAAUAAUUGUGCUUAAUUGGAUAGAGCAGAGCGGUUUCAAAAUGAUACCAAUUAGAUCAUUUUCAGUUUCUUAGGCUGCAGGGAGAUAUUUUCGAGUGAAUGGUUGGUAGUAGUAGUGCAGUGACGUUUUGAGAAAUCCAAGUUCAAAUUAAGGUUGUUUUUUUAGAAAACAUGUAUACGUGUAUAUAUAAUUACAUGAACAGUGAAAAAAAAAAGUGAAUAUUUUGCGAGCAUCAGCGAACUUUGCGAGCAUUAUCAAUUCGCCAAAAUAACAUUGCAAAACCUUUGCCAGAACGCAAUAGUUAGAUCGCAAAGGGUUAUUUUUCUGCUGAUUUGGCUCCAAAUGCAAAGGUUUUUCAUCAUCCUUCCCGGCUCUCUAAAAUAAUGCUAGGUCGCGGUUGUCGACAAUUCGGCCAGAAACAAGGCUAAGUUGAACUGUACUGCUGUUGUGUAAGUAUGUGUAGAUAUUAGACUAUAUAAAUGCCGUAUUUUCACCUGACUUGACUCAUGAGAAGCACAAGCCUCUUCACGAUAUUCUGCACCCUGUUUCCAACUCGGACUAAAGGCAAUUUGCUUCAGAUUUGCCAACACUUUCACAAGGCAGAUACGGUUCGAAUGCAUUUUGAUGCUCUUCCCGGCCAAUCCUAGCCACUGUUAUGUUGCAAAUUUUUGGGUAUGGUGUAUUGUCUAGGUAAUGUGUGCCAUUGUUGAGGUAGAGGAGCCCCUCAGUGAUAUUUAUCUUUGCUGCCUUAUUUGGGAACUCUCUGGGGAGAGAAGUUGAUGGAGUGGCUUUGGUAAUAAGGUAUUGUGCUUAUAAAGAAGUGGUGUCAUCAUGCAUGCAUGUGAUUUUUAGUGACUGUGUAAUGCAUGAUUUUAAGGUAGCUAUAGUUAUGCUACAAAAGAUGUCCACUAUGAAUCCAGUGCUUUCAUUCAUACUGGUGAUGAUCAUUGUGUUGUGUCCUCUCUCCAGCAAGGCACAAGAGUACUAUGUCACUCCUACCCCACCUCCAAACCCUGAUUGUCCGGCGGACAAACCUUGCCACACUCUCAACUACUAUGCUAAUAAUACAUCAUCUCUGCUUGACAGCCGGGAAAAUGUGUCCCUACUCUUUUUGGAUGGUUUUCAUGACUCAAAGGUGAUUUCUAUAUAUCAUGUUUGUUCUUUGACAAUAGCUCCUGUAAGUAACUCGACUCUAGUGUCAAUUAGAAAAACUUUGUUGCGUAUACAAUCUGUCUCAAUGCUUUCUCUGAAGAGCGUAAGUUUUAAAACAGCAAAGUUAGAAUUGAUCGACGUGAACUGGUAUAGCAGCCAACAAACUGUUUUCGAAAAUUCAACCAUUUUUGCUCCAUCGAUUAGAUCAGGAGUUAUGAUUCGUAACUCAGUAUUCAUGCUCAGUUCAUUUGUCUUUGACUUUGAGCUUGCGUGCAACCGCAGUGACUGCUCUAGAAAUGGCACCGGCAUUGAACAACAAACAAUUGUCCUUACAGGGUCAGUUUUUGAUGGACCUGGGAGCUAUAAAUUUAAUUUAAAGCGUUCACUAAGUUUACCUGCACCAGUAACAUCCAAUGAUUAUUGCAAUAUUAGUCUUCAUGACAUACUUAUCACUGGUUCUGAAGUUAUGGCUAUACAUAUUGAACAACAAUACACUGCCUUGUUUGUGGAUGUGAACAAUUGCUCAAUACACAAUAGUACGUUUGGUUUUAAAAUGGUUAAAGCUUCCAAGGUAGAUGUCUUUAUGACAAUAGCAAACUCCCACUUCAGCCAUAACGGACUAGCUUUGUUUGUUAUGAGCAACACUGAUAGUUUGGAAACUAGUUUGCUUGAUUUAACUGUUCUGCAUACCACGUUUUUUCGAAAUAAUGGCUGUGGAUCAAUUUCGCUUGGUCCGAGUGGUAUCAAUCAGUCACUGUUGCUCGAGAAUGUUUCAAUUGUUGAUAGCCAGGGUAACCGACUAGGUCUAAAAUCUAUGGGGGCCUCGUUAACUGUCUAUGGUCCUGGAGCGAUUUCUGUAAAAGACUGCAUAUUCAAAAGCAAUGUUGGCGUUUCCGCUUUCGCUGCGAUCGAUGUUGAUCUUUUAUUCACUGGAAAUAAUCAGUUUGUGGGUAAUAUUGGAAUUGAUGGUGGGGCCUUGAUAUUGAUCGAUACAACAAUGUGGCUAGACAAUGGUACACACAUAAACUUCACUAAUAACUAUGCACGUGAAGUGGGUGGAGCAAUAUGGAUCAAGGAAGAUACUCGACAACCAAUCCUCUUCAAUAUGCGCACUAAUCAUUACUGCUUCUACCAACUAACAUUUGACUUACAAGAACCAUGGGAAAACCAAUGGAUUCCUGUAUCUAUUACUUUUGAGAAUAACAGUGCUCUUGCAGGGGGUGAUAACAUCUUUGGUGGCAGUUUACAAAGUAACUGUAAAAUGACUCCUAACAAACAGAUCAGUAGCUUUGAAAUUGCAAGCAACCUUUUUAAAAUUAAACCUACAAUGCCACGUAGUGUGUCUUCGAUAUCCAGUAGUCCUAAAAGGGUCUGCCUCUGUGAGAAUGGAGCACCUGUGUGUGCUAGGCAUGAUUUAAUUUUACAUGAGGUGUCUGUCACUUCUGGAGAAAGGUUUAAUUUGAGCCUUGCUGUUGUCGGAGAUGAUUUUGGUGUGGUAACUGGUAGUGUGUUUGCUUUAAACUUAAAUGACUCAGAAAAAGAAAUCACAUUUUUGAAUUUUCAUAAAAACAUAACUGAUGCAGAAUGUGUUGACAUUGAAUACUCUGUUCAUUCUGUAAAUAAGAAUGUCAUAAUUUUGCUUGCGAUAGACAGGAAUGCGGCAGCCAUACUGCAGGAGUUCUAUACAGAUGAAUACAUAUUUGGUAAAGAGUACAGAGCUCAAAUUGAUCAAUACAACUCUUCAGAAGAGAUUACUUCUUUCCUUCUUGCUGCUCCUGUGCUUGUCAAUGUGACCAUUCUCCCUUGUCCCCUGGGUAUGGUAGAAUCAAAUAGUUCUCUCUCUACAUGCGUUUGUGAUCAAAAACUGAACGAAUAUGUAAAGGACUGUAUUGUAAAAAAUGGCUCUGGUUUGAUGAAGCGAAAUGGAACCAAUUGGAUAGGAAGGGAUAACACUACAAUUUUGGCACAUAGGUUUUGCCCGUACUGCAAUAAUAGUGUAAUUUUUGUAGACAUACAGAGUCCUGAAAGUACUGAUAACCAGUGUGUUUUCAAUCACAGUGGUUUUCUCUGUGGAGGCUGUGCACCUGGUCUCAGUCUGGCUAUCGGCAGCUCUAGGUGUAUACACUGUUCCAACAACAAUGGGAUUUCCUUUUUUGUUUUGUUCAUUGUAGUCGGUGUUGCGUUUGUAUUGUUUAUCAAGCUACUAGACCUCACUGUUGUUCACGGAACUAUAAAUGGGUUGAUUUUUUAUGCAAACAUAAUUUGGAUAUUUCAGGGAAUGUUUUUCCCCAACUUUAACCGAGGGGAGCAGCAAAACAUCGUUUACGACAUAUUAAGACUUGUCAUUGCUUGGAUAAAUCUAGAUUUUGGUAUUGAAACUUGCUUUACUAACGGGCUUGAUGCUUAUGGUAAAAUAUGGUUACAGUAUGUGUUUCCUGUGUAUCUUUGGUUUUUAGCUUUUCUCAUCAUAUUGGCGUGUCGUUACUCCCCCAAAGCUACGCAACUGUUUGGAAAUAAUGCUGUGGCUGUAUUGGCAACAAUGUUUCUUUUUUCUUAUGUUAAACUCAUCCGUACUAAUUUGCAAGCUUUUGGACCAGUAGUGUUAAAUAAGUUUACUAGUGUUCAAGCUUUUGAAACAGUAGAGUUAGAUAGAAGUGGUGCAUGGAGAUGGUUGUUGGAUGCUAAUCUCAUUUUCUUCGAAAAUCCUCAUGCUUUUCUUUCUGUCGUGGCAUUACUUGCAUUUUUUUUUUUCUGCUUACCGUACACACUACUACUUUUUUUUGUUGGCUGGCUGAAAUAUAUUCCUUUUGCUUGUGUUUCUCGCCUAUUGGUAAAGUUUAAGCCACUAUACGAUACAUACACUGGACCUCUGAAGGACAAACAUCGUUACUGGGUGGGCUUGACACUUCUUGUGAGAUUGAUUUUUGCGCAUGUAUUAUUGGUUUUUCAGGCUACUAGUGGACCAAGUAUUAACUUUGGUUUUAUUGUGAUUUCAUCUGCGAUUCUGUGCAUUCUGGUUGUUAAGGCUUACAAGAAUUCAUAUGUGAUAGCGUUAGAAAUUUCACUUUUGCUCAAUUUACAAAUUUUAGGAAUUGCGUUUUUGUCCACUACUGACAUUGACAAGCGUAUUAUUUUUAUUUGUGUAUCAGUGAGCGUCAGCUUUUUAACGCUUCUUGGUGUUUUAUUUUUCCAUACCUAUCAACUGGUGUCCAGUAUUAAGUGUUCAAGUAAAUGUAGAGCUAAAAAACCUUCUGAAACAAACAAUGUGGAAACCGAAAUAGCAAAGACUAUCAAAACUACCACUUUUAUAGAUUUGCGUGAAGAUUUAUUAGUGGAAAAGUGAUGUGUGAGUUUCGUGCUAUACCUCUUUUUGUACCUUUGUGUGUAUCCUCUUCAGGUAGUAUUAAAAUUUUGUUUGGAGUGUUAUAAUUAAUUAUUUUGGUACAUCA